GGCCUGGCGCUCCCCUCGCGGCGCGGCCCCUCGGCGCUUGCGGCGGCGGAGCGGCGUCAGCGCUUGGGCCGGAGGCUUGCCGGGCCCCGGAGCCCCGGAGCCGGCCGGCCGGCACCAGCGAUGUCGCACGUGGAGCAGCUCAAGCAGCUGCAGCCGGACGGACCAGGUCGCCAAGGAGCAGUGGCACGCCUACGUCGCGGCCUAUGGGAACAACAAUCUCCUGGCCCUGUCAUCCGCGACCCCGCAAAGCACGAUGUGACAUUCAUCGACAGUUUUAUCACGCAGUACCAGUCUGGGGCGCGGUUGCAGUGGCAGGAGGGCGAGGAGUUCAUUUUGGAGCUGGGCCAGCGGAAGUCCGGCUCGUGGAAGUCGUGCUGGGAGAUGUACGCCAACCAGAAGCCCAUAGACGGCAAGCCGAAGCACGAUCCGGCCCACACUCCGCCGACUUCCUCGAGGGCUUCUUCGACUUCAUAG